AUGGCCGGCAACACACAUGUCUCGCACUGCGUGACGGAAAGUCAGGGCGGCAGUGCCGCGAAUUCCUCGAGUUCGAAGGGGGGGAUCCUGCGGUCGACGCUCACAGGGCCUCAAAACCCCUUAUCUCCACCGGCAGCCGCCGUGGAACUGCUGGAGGAUGUGGCGAUGCCAACCGCAAAGAUGGAGAUGCAGGAAAUAAAUCGCAUUUUAUGCGGACACGACGUGGAGUGCGUGCCCCGCUUGCGCCCGUCAUCGAGCUGUCAAACGCCUGUGCCACACAGCUACACUGGCUUAGUCCAACUGCUUCCGGCAGAGAUUCUCUUCGGCGUCAUGACGUUUUUAGAUGCCAGAAGCCUGUUCCAAUGUAGAGCUGUUUGUCGCUCGUUCAACAAUGCGUUGCUGUCUCACGGUGUUCAGCUCCCCACUUCAUCCUUGACUCGCGCUGUGUUGGACACCACAGUUGGAACCGACACGUUAACCGGGGUGGUGCGUCGCCGUGAGGCAAGGCUUCGGCAGAGUGAGCGAGCCUGGGCGCUCUGGAUGACGCACUACUUGACGGCCAGACUUGGGCAGAAGGUGGAUAGGAAGGCUUUUAACAAACUGUGCUUCGAGGGCAAGGCCCAAACGGCGCAGCUGCGUUGCGCACAAAGGUCCGCUCGCCGCGCCACCGAGGAGUGGCUGGGGCACCAGUCCGAUUGCUGUCGCGUGCAACAUAAUAUACGCCGUAACUGGUUUAACGUCGCGUCUCUAAGUUGCACAGGGGCUGUGGGAGUUUCCCCUGUUAUUCUACCCGACGGAACGUUAUGCAUUAACGAUCCCGUCGACACCAUCCUUCUUUAUGCUCGACGGGAUCGCGACAUGCUUCCAUGCUUCACGCGACACGCCAAACAGGUAUUACCUUCAAGAGCAGUUGAGGCGCGUCGAGACCUUUGGGCUGCCUUUGAUAAGGUUACUUUUUCAUCGGCGGUGUCUCUUUUGCAUUAUGACCCGUGCACGGAGGCUCUUAUAGUGGGACUUGAAAAAAGCGAAGUGGUGCUUUUACGGGUAUCCAGCGCUGUAGUGAUCGGUCUUGAAAGACGCCUGGAAGUGGGGCUGGAGCACGGGAAGCCACACUCACGGCCGGGACGGCGAGUGCUUCGCUCCCCCACAGGCAACAUCCAGGAAAGUGUCACGGUGUUGGCGCACCACCGCACCACAGAGGACACCCGGGGAAGUUUUGUCCCGAUAGACGUGGACACCGUGGGUCUUCCAGACUACGAGUGGAGCCUGGCUGAAAUGACGGCCGUCACGCAAAAGCACGGCAUUGAUGUCGAUUUGAGCCGUGUCAUUGUCGUUCGACGCGAAGAGGACGCUGCCGCCUCGCUGAUAUCCACCCGUCCAUGUCCAGGCGUGUGCCUCACUUCGGAGGAUAUGUUAGAAAUUACCGCGCUACGCCACGCAUUGGCUGCUGGCGAUCAUAAUUUCGGCAACAAUGCACAGGGCGAGACGGCUCAGCGCGGCAAUUUUCCAGCUGCUCCCGCCGCCGUUGGCGCGGACGCCGGUGCCGAGUCUGGGAUGCCGGGCUCUGUGGUGGUUACCUCGGCUGUUGAAUCCGCUGACGCACACACUAGCGGGAGAACGACGCUGUCCAUCAACACAACAUGGGAGGGAAGCUCGAUAAUGAGGAUGGGCACGAAUGACACGGCCGACACUAAGCACGUCAUGGAAAAGUGCGUGUUUGCCGUCUUCAACGAGCAGGCAGCCCUGACAUCUGUGGUGGCGCGUACGGCUGAGGCGGGUGUAUUUGCUCUUGGCCCAAACGCCUGCACACCUCUUGGUGUAAACUACUCAGGUGAUGUUAAAAAGGCAUAUGUGCUUCAAGCUCCCGUGUUUCGACGUCGAGAAACGCCUCCGAUAGAAAGCAUGGACGAGGGUGAGGCAACAAUUGCCUAUUUGAUGGCAAGUGGAAUUCUCAUUUGUCAGAAGUCGAUUAUUCGCGAUGUAAAAGAGGCGGUAAAGUGUGUCUGGAGUGGGUCCAGUCUUGCCAACAGUAGGAAGGACAGGAAUCGCGGCGAGAAGUCUCGGAAGGCUUGCACAACGCAUUUGCGCCGGUGUGCGUGGUACUUUCUGAGGGGUUAUAGUUAUAGCUCCCCUUCGCGGGAGAUGACAGUACUGCGGGAAAUAUCGUCCCCUUUACUAUUGGCCUUUGUCAGUCCACGCCCCUGGCCUCAGCAGCACGUGAUGGCGCUGGCGAACUGGCGCCAUGAGGACAGUAAAACGGGACAACAAAAGCAACACCAAGAGAAAAAGAAGCCACCAAACAUGCGUUACUGGUGGUCCCCAUUCCGAGAUGGGCACCCCUACUUCCGUAAACCCUUUAUGUUAUAUGUGGCGAUGUACGUGCCUCUCCUUGCCUUUCAGCGCCAGGAAGCCGGUUCCUCUCGACAGGAACUUCCGCUGGAAGGGCAGCCGCGGUUUCAGGAGGUAGAAAUUAUAGAAGACAUGUCUCAGAUGGGAUUAGGCGUCUUCUCAGUGGCCCUCUCACCGACGCACGCCUUCUUCCUGCUAGGAAUGGUGAAUGGUGCAAUCCUCCUCCUCUCCCCAUCCUGCACUGGCAUUCGUGACGAGGCGCCGCAAGCGCGCUCUCCCGCCGCAGAGCAGCUUCCCUCGCAACCGGCGGACGAGCCCACUCGUGCGGUAUCUGUCGGUGUUACGAGGCGAGGGGUUUCGAGUGCGCGGGGAAAUGCGCUGCCGCAGGGUGCGGAGAACGGGGACGAAGACGAAGACGAAGGCGAGGAAGAGGAGGAGGAGGAUGGGGAGGAUGUCGCGUUCACCAUGCCGCGUCUACCACGGGCGCCCUUGAACCAUUUGUAUCGGACCACAUUACCUGAAACAGUGGAGGAAAUCGUACGGCAGCGCCGUCGACGUCAGCCGCAUCUCCGCUCUUUUACAGCUACACAAAUGUUUGGUGAUGGCUUCCGUGAAGAUCCAUUCAUUCAAGAAGUACAGCGCGGCACGAAGUCUGUCUUGGCUCCCAUGGUGGGUGAGAAUUCGCCAGCAAACAAAAUGCCACUUCACGCGGUGUGGAUCCUCGCACCGCGCGAAAAUAGCCAUCUCUUUGGCGGAGCAGCUGUACGGAGCAUGCACCUGGACGAAUGGAAACUCACAACACUUAGUAUGUCGUUUGAGAUUGCCGUGUACGAUCUCACACCAGAAACGAGAAGUGGCCAGACGGGGAUGUUGGUUGUGCCGCUCUUGACGCUGAGCCCGUACAAACGCCAUCCUUUCGCUGGGCUUCCCAGACCGAAGGAGGAGUUCUGGUUCUGUGCAAAACUACGCCAAAUGAUACUGGUUGGUUCUAAACGUGGACUUAUUGGGUCAGAGAUGAUGUGGCGCAAUGGCCUGCUACUCGUUUCCAGCCAGUUGGGAGGAAAGAGAUGCACCAUUUUUGAUUUUAGUCUCGCGUUUCGUGAUCCGGAGAAAAAAGGCGAGGGCGCACCGGUGGCGUACUCGACCACCCGAAGAGAGUACCACCGAUGCACUUCUGGUGUGACGCUGUUAAUCCCGGCAGGCGAGAACGGUGCGGUUUACUUUCCGCGUCACUACCCACUGCUGCUGCGAUGGGAAUUUUUGUUUCUUAUCAUGGCUGUGGUGCGAUCCUUCACUACGUUCUGCGCAAGUCUCGCCACUGCAUUGCUGAUGUUGCGCAUCGAUGAAUACAUCGCCAUACCGUAUUGGAGUAUUCUGCUUCUGUACUCUCCUUUUGCUCUGAACUUUCUACUGAGCGACACUCUUUUGUACGACCCCUACUCUGCAAAGGGUUGUGGAGUGCCGUUUUACUCCCAUGUUGUCUCAGAUGUGCUUGUGCUUGUGGUGUUUCCUGUCCUCUUCACCGUUAGGCACGACGCGUACGACAAAUUUCACCCUUCUUGGGUGUUUAUUACCCUUUCCCUGGAUGUUGGCCUCGCCCUCAAGCCUGUGCCCUCUGCCUAUCUCGCUAUCUAUAAGGAGGACUUCUGUCCUCGGGCAGUUGUGGAGCAACUGGGAAAAUUUGUUGGGAAUGCCCUCUACAUCGCGUUCAUUGUACUGCUUUCAUUGUAUUUCGACGGACCCUUGGCGACGGAUCCGCGGAAGCCAAAGUUUGACCUCUUUAUUGCCUUCCUGCCUGUUUUUGUGCUUCUUCUUUUCACUUUUUUCAAGACUAUCUUUCUGUAUUACCAAACCCGCAACAGGGCCUACAUUUUUUUUCUGGCGAUUUCUGCGCUAGUCAUUUUACUCCCCAUGUGUAUGUUUAUAUGGGAAUUUAGUUGGUACUAUGCAGUUUCCAAUCGGGGCAGAAUGUUUCGUCCAUCUUUAACUCAGACGUGUUUUAUCAUUCCAUGUUUUUUCUUGCUUUUUUCCUUGUACGUUGCGUUCUCCUCGGUUAUGUUGUUGGCUUCUUACUAA